CAAGCGGAUGCGUUCAACUUUUCUUCUCUGUUUUUUUUUUUUUUUUUCUCUGUGCCACUCACCCUCGACGUUACUGAGCAGGUACCGAAUUAUCUCAUCUCAUUGUCGGCCCUAAUAACGGGCAAGGGUUAUCUGUACGUUAGAAGAAAACCAGAUCAUCAGGUUUUAGUUAUUAUAACACAUUCCUGGUGCGUAAAAGUUUGGCUCUUUGUGUUUGACUUGUCUGCGCCCUGAAGUCAGUGAACGCGGCAUUAGCCCGCAUCCGCCCGAUAGAUUGACAAGCCUCACAAAAAGUUCACAGCUGAGAGGUUGGUCUUUGUUCAGUGGAAUGAUGGCAGUCGGGGUCGUCAAAGUGAAGGACCAGAAUACGACAACACUGCAGAAAAGGAACGGAAGUAAUGCAAGCGGAGGGUCUGGCAUGAAGGUGUGAAGACCUAAGAGCUUAUGUGAGGUGUAAUCACAUGUCAGAGAACUGCUGAUUUUUUUAGACUGACUGUGUAUGAGACAAUAAAGAGCCGUCAGAGACUCAUUGCACCAGUUCACCUGUCCUGUGGGAAAAUAGAGACCCAAAUCUAGGACUUGUCAUUAAGUUUAGUUUCUAUGAAAACUACCACUUCUAUGCGGAAGUCCACACGGAGCGAUCACUACCUGUGACUACCUCGUGGACCCUUCAGCUCAACAAGUCCUUCUAAAACUUCCCCUUUUUCCCAUAAACGUCAAAAGGAGUGACGUCGCCGGAGAUAACAAUGAAUGGCAUUGAAGAGAUGUCGGUGAAGUGUGUCCUGGUUGGGGACAGCGCUGUCGGCAAGACGGCCCUCCUGGUCCGCUUCACCUCGGAGACUUUCCCAGAUUGUUACAAACCCACUGUGUUUGAGAGCACCGGGGUGGAGGUGUACAUGGAUGGUGUUCAGAUCAGCCUGGGGCUUUGGGAUACGGCAGGAAAUGACAAUUUUAAACAAAUCCGGCCUAGAUCUUUCCAGCAGGCCGACGUCGUCCUCAUUUGCUACUCAGUGGCCAAUCCAAACUCUCUGGCCAGUGUCCAACACAAGUGGAUUGCAGAGGUUCGAGAGUAUCUGCCCAAAGUUCCUGUGCUGGUUGUGGCGACUCAGACAGAUCUGCGGGAGAUGGGGUCACAUCGGGUCCAGUGCAUCUCACCAGCGGAGGGCAGGCGCGUGGCUCAUGAGGUCCACGCUAAAGGCUAUCUGGAGUGCUCCUCUUUGAGCAAUCGUGGUGUUCAACAGGUGUUUGAGUACGCUGUAAGGACAGCUGUGAACCAAGCCAAGAAGAAGGGUCGACGACGAAUGUUCAGCAUUAACCAAUGCAAGAUGUUCUGACCUUAACUCAGUGGACCCUUUAGUAAAGACUUGUUUAAUAAUGUGAGUGUGAUGUUCAAACUUGGAGAGGUACAUAAACUCGAAUGCAGGUUUUUGUAAUAACCUCCUGUGAUCCAACAAUGCAAUUUCAAGAAUUUCACUGCUUUAUUUAAAAGAAAAAUGUUUCUGAAAAAAUUGUUGCAUCACCCUGUUUUCACCCAAGACAGUUAUUUAAUGCAAAAAAGCAGAAACUUUUACUUUCUUGGGUUUCAGUAGGUUUUAAAGGAUUUUUUUUUUUCACUAGACUAGACUUCAAAGGUUUAACUACGGAUGUAACAAACCCUUUUUGUAAAUCUACACGUAAAAGUGUAAUGUUUGUGUGAUUGAGUGGAGAGAAAACAGGUUGUCUUUGACUCUUCUGAUCUGUUUUUUAAGUGACCUACAGCACAUUGCACGAAGGGAAGGUGAUAUCCUCUGCUAACUGGGUUCUAGAAUAAUCCCGCAACUCUUCCUGUUUUUUAAAUUUUUUUUAUAUAAACACAUGUAAAGCAUUGACGAUAAUAUCACAGCACAGGUUUCUUGUGUUUAACUAAGGUGCAAGUGAAACAGGAAAGAACAUUUUAAUAUAUCAGCCUUGGGUUUUAUCACCAAGAAACAAAAUCAGUGAUUGAUAUGAUCCAACUGAAUGAUUUUUCAUCAUGUGAUAGAAAUAUUUGUCUGUUUGUUUAUCAGCAGAGACUACAUCAACAUAGAAAGUCCAACUGGACACUUUUUGUGGUUCAACAUACAUUAUACUCUCUUUAUUUUUAAAAAAAAAUAUUUUGUUAGAAAUGACCAGGAAAUAAACUGUCACUAGGUCACAGUGUAUUAAACAAACCGAAUUUGUACUUUAUUUUUUAUGUUUAUUUAAAUCCCUGUUUUGUUUGUUAAUUUUAACUACUGUACAACACUUAACACAUAUCUCAUAAAUAUAAUAAAAUAAUCCAAAAUUAACAGUGUAAAGAUGGUAAUUAAGUAGCUGUCAUUUAUUUUUAAGAAAUAAAUAAUCCUUCUAACAUCAAUAUACUAUAAAACUUUAAUUUCAAUAAACUGUUAUCAAACAUAUGUUCAUACAUAUAACAUCAUAUACAUGUAACAUCUUUAUGUUAUUUCUAGGUAUUGCUGUUUUUGUUUUUUAUAAACUGCAACCUUCUCUUGGUGUAACACAAGGAAACAAGUUAAGAAAUUGUGUUCUAAAUAUGUGUUUUAAUGGUCACUGAAAAACACAAAAAACAAUUAAAGUAAAAAUGUGGAUUCAGACAUUAACAUCAGUCUCUGCGGUCAUUUCUCUUUUGGUCCCAAAAGUAACAUUAAAAGAAUGGUGUGCACUGUAAAAGGUACCUGAAAAAUAAUCUGUUUUGUGUAUAAAAUAGACUGUAUUUUGUUAUUAAUGUUUGAUUAUUAUAGAUGUAGUUUAUAAAAAUGCACAGUGUU